ACCGUCGCUUUAGUUCUUUCGCGUUGCAUGGUUGGUGCAACUUCGUUUCUAACCUCGUGCGGGAUUGUGGAUUUUUCAAUGUUAUUUUGUGACAAUUAAAUAAUUUUAAGCAUCGAAUUGUGAACAAUUCAUCGAAAUGGCUAACCAUUACGUCGUUACGGCCCACAAGCCGACGGCCGUAACAGCCUGUGUCACAGGCAAUUUUACUUUGCCAGGGGAUUUAAACCUAAUCGUGGCGAAGAACACCCGAUUGGAAAUAUACUUAGUCACUCCGGAAGGCUUGCGGCCUGUCAAAGAAGUGGGGCUGUAUGGGAAAGUAGCUGUGAUGAAACUCUUUCGGCCACAACACGAGAAGAAAGAUUUACUCUUUAUCGUUACUAUGCGCUACAAUGCGAUGAUUUUGGAGUGCGUGAAUGAUGGAGACAACUUGGAUAUUAUUACGAAAGCACAUGGGAAUGUCGCCGACAAAAUUGGAAAACCGUCGGAAACGGGGAUUCUGGCUGUAAUUGAUCCGAAAGCCCGUGUAAUCGGGCUGCGGUUGUACGACGGUUUGUUCAAGAUAAUUCCUUUAGAGAAAGACAACUCAGAACUGAAAGCUUCAAAUAUUAGAAUCGACGAGUUACAAGUUCACGAUGUGGAAUUUCUGCACGGUUGUGCAAAUCCCACUUUAAUUUUAAUCCAUCAAGACGUGAACGGUCGGCAUGUGAAAACCCACGAAAUUUCUCUUCGUGAAAAGGAGUUUGUUAAAGUGCCGUGGCGACAAGAUAACGUCGAAACCGAAGCCUCCAUGAUCAUACCGGUGCCGUCCCCGCUAGGGGGCGCCAUCAUCAUAGGUCAAGAAAGCAUUCUUUACCACGACGGUAUGACCUCAGUUGUGGUGGCUCCUUCGGUAAUCAAACAAAGCACCAUCGUGUGCUACGCUAAAGUGGAUCCCGGCGGCCUGCGCUACCUCCUCGGGGACAUGGCGGGGCACCUGUUCAUGUUGUUCCUCGAGGUGGAAAAUCGCGGCGAGGGAAACGACGCAGUCAAAGACUUGAAAGUGGAGUUGUUGGGGGAAAUUGCGACUCCCGAAUGUAUAACGUACUUAGAUAAUGGGGUUUUGUUUAUUGGGUCGAGAAUGGGGGAUUCUCAGCUGGUGAAAUUGACCACAAAGCCAAACGACAGCGGGUCGUACGUCACCGUGAUGGAGUCGUUCACGAAUUUGGCGCCUAUUUUGGAUAUGUGUGUGGUUGAUUUGGAGAGGCAGGGGCAAGGGCAGCUGGUUACCUGUUCGGGGGCUUUCAAGGAGGGGUCGUUGAGGAUUAUUAGGAAUGGGAUUGGGAUUCAGGAGCACGCGUCGAUCGAUUUGCCAGGGAUUAAGGGCAUGUGGGCGUUGCAAGUGGCUUCAGACGGUCGUUUGGACAACACUCUGGUUCUCGCGUUCGUCGGCCAGACUCGAAUUUUAAGUCUAAAUGGUGAAGAGGUGGAAGAAACAGACAUUUCGGGUUUUGCUUCCGACCAACAGACUUUCUACUGCGGCAAUGUUAUUCACGAGCAAAUUAUUCAGGUGACACCCCUUUCAGCUAGGUUAGUGUCAGCUCAAAAUAAAACGUUAUUAUCCGAGUGGAAGCCACCUAGCGACAAAAACAUAGGAGUAGUAGCAUGCAACAAUACACAAAUAGUUGUUUCCACUGGUUCAAUCUUGUAUUAUAUAGAAAUUCAUCAAAACGAGCUCAUAAUGAAAGGGACGACCACUUUGGACGUGGAAGUAGCUUGUUUAGAUAUCAGUCCGUUGGGUGAAGGUGCUGUCGGUUCGGAAUUCAUAGCGGUAGGUUUGUGGACUGACAUCACGGCGCGAAUUUUGCGCAUUCCGGACAUGUCCGAAGCAACCAAAGAGUAUUUAGGAGGAGAAAUCAUACCUAGGUCAGUUCUCAUGACCUGUUUCGAAGGUCACAACUACCUGUUAUGUGCCUUGGGAGACGGAUCAAUGUACUAUUUUGUUUUUCACAAAGAUACGGGAACUCUGAGUGAUAAGAAACGCGUCACUUUGGGCACGCAGCCGACAGUUCUGAGAACUUUCAGGUCGUUGAGUACCACGAACGUGUUCGCUUGCUCGGACAGACCCACGGUGAUUUACUCGUCAAACCACAAACUCGUCUUUUCAAAUGUCAACAUGAAAGAAGUCAAUCACAUGUGUUCGCUCAACGCUGAAGCGUACCCAGACAGUUUGGCCUUGGCUACGGAUUGUUCGGUGACGAUUGGAACAAUCGACGAAAUACAGAAGUUGCAUAUACGGACGGUGCCUUUGCAGGAGUCGCCGAGGAGGAUAGCGUAUCAGGAGGACUCGCAGACGUUUGGAGUCCUCACCGCGCGCAUCGACAUUCAAGAUUCUACCGGCUUGAACCCGGCGCGACCGAGCGCCUCAACAAUGGCGCAGUCGGUGACCGCCUCCAGCAGCGUGGGGUCACUCUCGAUGACAAAGUCGAGCAGCAGCACCCUGAUCGGCGGCAACAUCAUCCCCGACUAUGGUCAAGAAGUCGAGGUCCACAAUUUGCUCAUCAUCGAUCAACACACCUUCGAGGUCUUGCACGCCCACCAGCUCAUGCAACAAGAAUACGCCAUGUCGCUCAUCUCCACGAAUCGACUAGGCUCGGACAUGAACGAAUACUACGUCGUGGGAACCGCCAUCGUCAACCCCGAAGAGUCCGAACCGAAACAAGGUCGCAUCCUCAUUUUCCACUGGAACGACAACAAACUCACCCAAAUCUCCGAAAAGGAAAUCAAAGGGGCGUGUUUCUCGCUGGCCGAGUUCAACGGCAAACUCCUCGCGAGCAUCAACAGCACAGUGAGGCUAUUCGAAUGGACCGUCGAGAAGGAGCUGAGGCUCGAGUGCUCCCACUUCAACAAUAUACUCACGCUGUAUCUGAAAACGAAGGGGGAUUUCAUUCUCCUGGGGGACCUCAUGCGGAGCAUGACGCUAUUGCAGUACAAAACGAUGGAAGGAAGUUUCGAGGAGAUCGCCAGGGACUUCAACCCCAACUGGAUGACGGCCGUGGAGAUUCUCGACGACGAUAUUUUCCUGGGGGCCGAGAAUUCGUUCAACAUUUUCGUGUGUCAGAAAGACAGCGCGGCCACGACUGACGAGGAGAGGUCGCAGAUGCAUGAAGUGGGGCAGUUUCACGUCGGGGACAUGAUCAACAUGUUCAGGCACGGGUCGCUGGUUAUGCAGAAUUUGGGGGAGACGUCGACGCCGACUACGGGGUGUGUGCUCUUCGGAACGGUAGGGGGCGCCAUAGGUCUGGUGACGCAAAUCAGCUCAGAUUUCUACGACUUUCUCCUGGAGUUACAAAACAAACUCGCCACUGUCAUAAAGUCAGUGGGUAAAAUUGAACACUCUCAUUGGAGGGCGUUCAACACAGAUAUCAAAACAGAGGCUAGUGAGGGUUUCAUAGAUGGGGAUUUGAUAGAGAGCUUUUUGGAUUUAUCGCAUGAUAAAAUGAAGGAAGUGGCUGAAGGUCUGCAGAUGACUGGCGAAGGAGGGAUGAAACAAGAGUGUACCGUGGACGAUCUAGUAAAAAUGGUGGAAGAUUUAACAAGGAUCCAUUAACUUUGUUUUCGUGUGCACAAUUUUUGUUUGUGCCCAAAACCGGGAUCUAAGAGAUAACCUUUUUUAGUAUUGCGCAAAAAUACGACUUGUGUUUCUCAAUAAUCACAUACAGUGUAAUUAUAAAUUUUGGCCAAUCCGUUAGAAAUAUAACAAUAUACUUUAUACAAAA